AUGGUAUUUCAGAGAAUUAAGAAAGCAAUUGGGAUUCGUAAGGAUUUAAUGUUUUUGUCAGAUCGACACAAGGCCAUUGCAAAUGGUAUUGCAAAAGUUUUCCCUGAGUGCUACCAUGGUAUUUGCAUAUAUCAUUUAGAAAAGAAUCUAAAGCAAAGAAGAGUGAGAAACACUGUACUAAACCUUUUUCAAAAUGCUGCAAGAGUAUACCUUCAAUCAGAAUUUGAUGACUUCAUGUCUCAAAUUGCUGUUGUUGAUAAGAAAACAUUCAAUUAUUUGAUGGAGGAACCACCAGGAAGGUGGGCUCAUUCACAUGUUCCGAGAAGACGAUAUGAUAUGUUAACAACAAAUAUUGUUGAGUCAAUGAAUAAUGUUUUGAGACGUGCAAGAGAAUUGCCACUUUUAACAAUGAUGGAUUUUAUACAAGAAAAGUUGCAAAGCUGGUUCUAUGAAAAAAGGACAACUGUAGAAGGAAUAUUCCAUGAGAUAUCAAAUUGGGCAGAAGCAACAUUGGAAGAAAAUAUUAAACCAACUUUUACAUUUAGAGUAUUGCUCGUUGAUCGACUCAAAUUCAAUGUCAAAGAAGGGGGUAUGGAAUUUAUUGUUGAUCUAGACAAAAGAACAUGGGAUUGUUGUCAAUUUCAGCAAGAUGAAAUACCCUGUGAAUAUGCAAUUGCUGCAAUUGACAGUAUAUAUCAAAAGAAAUCGGCCUUUUGCUCAGCCUAUUAUUCAAGGGACUUUUGGUUGAAAACAUAUGAAGGGCAAGUAAAUUCUGUAGGUGAAUCAUCAACAUGGGUUAUACCAGACACUAUUAAAUCAGAAAUCACUAAGCCUCCAGAUGCAAAAGUAAUGAUAGGAAGAAGACAGAAGAAUCGACAUGUUUCCGGUACAGAAUACAAGAAGGAACCAAGAUGUGGUCGCUGCAAACAAUAUGGGCAUAACAAAACAAAUUGCACAAAUUCUGCUGUAGUUCAUCCUUAUGUAAGAAAAUACAGGAAAAAAAUGAUUGAUUAUAUACAAUAA